AUGUCUGGCAACCCAGAAGCGUAUCUUUCUAUCCGUACCACCUGCGACAGGUGUCGAUUCCAUAAGCUAAAAUGUCACCCGGCGCGGUCUUGCUUUGCGUCUGAUAUCGAGAGCGGUGGUCCUGAAUUCGGACGCUGUCAGAGAUGCAUUCGCGCAGGUACCCCCUGCAUCUUUAGCCGACGAACUAAAUCCCGACGUGCGACAAGGAAUGUCAGAGCAGGUCAGAGCAGUGUGCAAAUUACACGUGGUUUGGAGGAUGAUGUCCAGGAUUGUGACGCCACCAGGUCAUUGAACCCCUCGCGUGUCCAGCUUCGCGGAGGUGUGAAGCCAGGUCCCGCUGAGGCAGAUGCGACCCUAGCAAGAUCAGAAACUCCCGACAACCAGCGUAUAGCGGAACUAUUUCCGUUUGAAGAUGCCUACGUCCGUUGGCCGUUGGAAAAUGAAUUGCAUUUUCCGGGGACCUUUAACAUCGGGGACAACGCGAAUGCUCCUUUUAUGUACACAAACUCAAUGGUGACGGGUAUUGGUGAUAUGCAGCCCUAUGGGAAUUACGAGACGCUUCCCGGCCAAUCUCGCGAUGACGAGAACAUAGAGCGUGGUCCAAUGAUGCCCCAGGCGUUGACUACAGUGACGAACGAAACUCAGAGCUCGAGCGGUCGCCCUGGAUCAGAGGUGAAUGGCACGGCAUUGGAUGGAACAGCUUCCAUGGGAAUGCUCCUCAGACUCGUCGCUGAUCUUCACACACGACUAGCGGUACUGGAAACAAUAUCAUGGCGAUCGGAAUGCUCAUUUCAAGACGUACAACACUACCCCAUUGGCAGCGUCUUGCACCUAUCACAAACUUUUACUAGCCUUGUCCAUGGGUUCAACAGUAGCAUCUUCACCGACCCAGCGGUCGCACCCAUCCUUUUCAGUUGCUAUGUGACUUUGACCAAGAUUUACACAGUCGUCCUGUAUCAAUUCCAGAACUACCUGCAUUCCCAACCGAGUGGACGUCAGGUGUGUACGUCUCAAUUGAAUAUGAGGUUGGGGCCAGACGCGUGCUUGGCCGAUGUACCACAGAGUAACGCACCACGCAGUAAUGUACACACAGGUAUCUGUGUAUUACUAGAGUCGCUUCAGCAGGCCGAGAAGGCAAUGCCUGCUGAUUUGGAUGUUAAAGCCCUACACCAUGUAUGGCCACAGCCAUGGCAAGGACUAUCUGAUGCGACGUCCAACACGCAUCUAGUAUUUCGAGCGCUGGCGGACGAAGUGGCAGAGAUCAAGCAACUUCUGCGAGAGAAAGCGGACUUGUAG